UCUCAAAAGUCAAUGGUCAACGCGAUGCCCAUUGAUGCCCAUGCCAUUCGUGGUAUUUUGGUAUUUUGUCAAUCGUGAAGCUGUGAUUUGCCGUAUUGAAAUUCGCAAAUUAUAUUGUUUAUUUUUAUUCAAAGCAUAAAAACACAAUUUCGUAUGCUGCGGAGUCGGGAGUGUAUCAGUGAUAUCAACAAUCAAGUGAAUACAGAACCAUCGGUGUGUUAUUGUGUAUUGAUUAAUUAUCUUCAGUGAGAAUUAAGAUGGAUAAUCUAAAUCUGAAGCAGUUUAACACAAUGGCUUCGGAUGAUAAUUGGCGGACCCAAAGUUCGAGACAAGGAAUUGUCGCAAAAAUUGAGGACGUUAUCCAGCGAUCAGGCAUGCAAGUGGCGAGGAACAGCAGUGAAAUGGAGAAUCAUGUGUUCAUGAAGGCCAAGAAUAGAGAAGAAUACAUGAACAUGAUCGCUAAGCUCAUUCUGCAUGUGCGAGAGAUGUCUCAACCGAAACAAAACCAAGGCGCGCCAAAUUUGCAAGGACCAAAUCAAAACCAGCAGCAGAACAACCAAGUUCAAAAUCAGCCCGGCCAGCAGCAGCAAGGUCCAAACAGCCAGCCAGGAAUGGCCACAGACCCCAUAAACGCUCUACAGAACAUGGCGUCACAAGGCACGAGGAACCAAAUGAUGAACAUGGGCCAAGGACAGAUGCAGCAGCAAGGCGUCAUGGGCCCAAACCCAGGAAUGUCGAUGCAAGGCCAAAUAGUCUCCCAAGGUGGACCACAGUCGCAAACGGCUACUAAUCUACUCCAGACCUUAAAUCAAAGACCUCAAUUGAACAUGCAGUUGCAGAAUAAGCUUGGAGGUCCAAUGGGGAUGGUGCCAAAUCAAGGCCAGAUGGGGAAUAACAUGGUUGGUGGGAUGACGAUGCAAAAUUCAAUGGCUUCGCAACUCCAGAAUCAGCUGGCAGCUGGGGGCAUGCAGAUGAUACCAAAUAUGUCGAUGUCGAACAUCAUGCAAGUGCCCAUGUCUGGUGCUAACACCAUGGGGCAGAUGCAGUGUAACCAAGUGGUGGGGAACUCUAGCGGCCAGAUGGUGCAGAAUUCUAUGCAAGGACAGAUGUCUAAUCAGAUGGGCAUGUCCAACAACCAAAUGGUGAACAUGAACAUGCUACAAAUGCACGGCCGGGGUCAGGGCAAGCCAGACGUGAUGAUGGGCGCCGGGUACGCGGCUAGGGCUCCGCCCCCGAGCCAGUUCUUGCGGCAGAGCCCUUCGCCGUCUGCGUCCUCGCCUAACAUGGGCGGACCGAGCCCUGUGUCCAUGGGUGGCGGAGUCCUAGGCGGCGCCCUAGCGUCCCCGAUGUCGUCGCUCGGUGGGAUGGGUCCGUGCGGUGGGGCCGGCGGGAGCCCCUCGCCCUCCGCCCCGCACAUGGGGCUGCACGCUCAGCAGCAGCGGGUGAACAUGGGCAUGGUAGCAUCCCCCUCUUCCUCCCUGAACACGCCGGGGGGCGGUGUGGGGGUGGCGUCCCCCGGGGGGGAUGAAGCAGCCUACAGGGAGAAAGUACGACAGCUCUCCAAGUAUAUAGAGCCGCUGAGACGCAUGGUCAUGCGGAUGGUCAAUGAGGGGGAAAAUGUGGAAAAGCUAACGAAAAUGAAGAAUCUCCUGGACAUCCUCUCGAACCCGAACAAGCGGAUGCCUCUAGAGACACUGAUCAAGUGUGAAGUGGUGCUCGAGAAGCUGGACUUCAAGCGGAGUGAGGGGGUCGGGCUCGGUUUGCCACCCGCUGGGAAGGAACAAAUAUUCAACCCACUGCUGGAGGUAGUUAACAAUUGCCUCCAGUCGCCGCUCGCGAACCACACGCUCAAGCGCACGUUCGGUUCUACGUUAGAUGCACUCAAUGGACCUGAGAUUAAAAACCUUCCGGCACCACAAAAACUGGCAAAAUACGAGGAGCCACCAGCAGAGAUACCCGAUAUCUUACAAGGAGAAAUCGCAAGACUCGACUCUAGGUUUAAAGUGUCGCUGGACCCACUGCAAGCGCACGGUAUAUCAGGCGCCAUAACACUAACGGCACAACUGGACGACGCCCGACUCCCGUGUGUGGCCGCCGUGCACGUGUCGGUGCCGAGGGACUACCCGGUGUCGGCGCCCGCGAGACUUCGCCCCCGGCCCGCCAGGGAGAGCCCCCAUCCGUUUUUAGCGAAGGUGGAAAGGGCUAUGGACGCGAGGUGUGCGAGGUUACCAAAACGUUGUUCCGUUGGGGAACUCCUCAACGCAUGGGAGAUGAGCGUGCGGCAAGCGUGCGCGCCCGCAACACUCACAUACACGCCCGUACCUGCGCUAGGACUAUAAAUAUAUACUAGAUAAAAUAUAUUUACAUAAUUUAAGAGAAUUAUAAUAGAAGAAUGUACAGGGUGUCCCACUAUUGGUAUACUAAGCGCGAAGGAACUUGUAGUUUUGCAUACACUGAUUACGUAAAAUAUGAU